AUGUCAGAUAACGAUCCUGAAACACUCGAACGAGAAAAGCAAAAGCAUCUUAGCAAAAAGGAAAAGGAAUGGAAUGAAAAAUUAGCUUCUACAAGUGAAGCCAAUGUCAAGGCUGAUAAAGAGCAAGAUAUUCCUAUCCAAGAAUUGCAGAAUAAGACUGUGGACCAUCAUGCAAAGAACCGUACUGAUAAAGAAAGUUUGUAA